CUCGGACUCUAAUUAGUUUCGUUUAAUUUUUUUUUUUAUCGGAUUUCGGGAAAACGUCUCCUGUCAUGAAUCGGGUUUCUUCGCCCGUGUUGCUGCUGUCGCUGUCGCUGUUGGUGGUUGUUGUUGCUGUGGUGGAGGCGAAUUCCUCGGCUCGUCUGGUAAGAAAGAAAAGGGAAUGGAUCCCUGCAAUUAAAUUAACUGAAAACAAGGACUACACCAGACACAAGACAAUAGGGCGGAUCCAGACAAAUGCUUCUCAACAUAAUGGAAAUGUGAAAUACUACCUGAAAGGCAGAGGCGCAGAUGAACCUCCUUAUAACCGGUUCAUUGUCAAUGCUGGAACUGGCGAAUUGAGACUGACCGAGAUAUUAGACCGGGAGGAAAUCCACCAGUACAAUCUGUCAGGUGUUGCUACAUACAAGGAUGGCUCCAAAGCAGACAAAGACAUUACAAUACGGAUCAAGGUUGUAGAUGAGAACGACAACGCUCCACAGUUUGGCAUCAUAGAACCCGGGAAGGUGAAUGAACUCAGCCCUGCAGGUACUUUGGUUAUGAAGAUCACGGCGUACGAUGCAGACGAGCCAGGCAAUGAAAACUCUCAGAUCGCCUACAGCAUCGUGAGCCAGGAUCCACCAGGCGGCAUGUUCGACAUCAGCAGGGACGGAAACAUCUAUGUGACGCAGUCCACACUGGACAGAGAGGUACAUGCCACAUACACUCUGGUAGUGAAAGGUCAGGACCUGAAUGGCAAAGAAGGAGGAAACUCUGAAACAGCCACAGUCACCAUUAACAUCCAAGAUGUGAACGACAACCCUCCCACUCUGGAGAAAGAGCACUACGAGGGCAGUAUUGAGGAGAACACAGAGGGCGUGGAGGUGAUGAGAAUCAAAGCGGUGGACUUGGACUUGGAGCACACAGAAAACUGGGAAGCUGUGUUCGACAUCAUCGGCGGCAAUGAGGCCGGCUACUUCAGCAUCAAGACAGACCCGAAGACCAACGAGGGCAUCCUGAUGCUGGACAAGGCUGUGAAUUAUGAGGAUGUGAAGGAUCUUGAUCUACAGCUGGCUGUAAAGAACAAAGCUUCACCAUAUGGAGCUGGAGCUGGAGGAUAUGGAGGAGGUGGAGGUGGAGGAAUUGGAGGAGCCGGAGCUGGAGGUGGAGGAGUUGGAGGAGCUGGAGGAUAUGGAGGAGCUGGAGCCGGAGGUGGAGGAUAUGGAGGAGCUGGAGCUGGAGAAGCUGGAGGUGGAGGUGGAGGAGUUGGAGGAGCUGGCGGUGGAGGAGGAACAUAUUCCAUCAAAAUCAAGGUGAAGAACCAGCCUGAGGGCCCACGUUUCAGUCCCAAGGUCAAAGCCAUUCCCAUCCCAGAGGGAGGCGACACUGUCAACAUUAAACAGGUCAUUGCUCGUUACUCAGCCAUAGAUGAAGAUACUGGGAAACCAGCUGAGAACGUCAGGUAUGUCAAGGGCUCAGAUCCUGGCAACUGGCUGUCCAUCGACCCAAAGACAGCUGAGAUCAGACUCAACAAGCUGCCUGACAGAGAGUCUCCACAGCUGGUCAAUGGGACAUAUUUUGCUCAAGUACUGUGCAUAUCAGAAGACAUGCCCUCUAAAACAGCCACCGGCACCAUAGCCAUCCAGGUGGAGGACUUUAAUGACCAGUGCCCCAAACUGACCAGUCACGUCCAGUCGAUGUGCACCACUGCCGACGCCGUCACCGUGACCGCUGUGGAUGAAGAUGCAUUCCCUAACGGGGCUCCCUUCACCUUCACUGUCAUCCCAGAGGAGACCAAGGGCAAAUGGAAGGUGGAGGGUCUUAAUGAAACCUCGGCCAUCUUGAGGGCCCAGGACGACAUGUGGCCCGGUUCCUAUGAGGUGGCAGUGGAGGUGAGGGACCAGCAGGGACUCGCCUGUCCAGACCUGCAGAGGAUCAAGGUGGAAGUUUGUACCUGCGUGGAUGGGAAGGUCUGCGGGUCUCGAGAUGCUCUUGGUUCCCCCCGGGGAGCAGAGAUAGGAGCUUCAGCCGUCGGACUGAUCUUCCUGGGCCUGCUGAUGCUGCUACUCAUUCCUCUGCUGCUGCUCUUCUGUAAAUGUGGUGGGGCUGGUGGGCUGGCAGGCAACUUUACUGAGAUGCCCUUUGACGCCAAAUCACAUCUCAUUGCCUACCACACCGAGGGCCAGGGUGAGAACACGGAGGUGCCACUACUAAACAUGCCAGCACAGGUGGAUGGUGAGAUGGUCGAAGUGGGCAUGGUGGCUAACAACAGCGGCACAAUGGCAGUUCCGGUUGGGGCUGGGGGUUUCCAGAUAUCUUCCAUGGAAGGGGCAUUCAACCAACAUGGUUUCACAGGUGGCAACAAGGAAGGAGCAUGGGGGAUGAUGGUCCAGGCAGACAUGAUGGGCCAGGCAGGGAUGAUGGGCCAGGGGGGGAUGAUGGGCCAGGGCGGGCAGGGCAGCGGCCUCUACUCAGAGUUUGAGCGCAGAGAGGCAGGAGGAGUGUAUGAUGGCAUUGCUCUACCACACCACUUCUUGGAAGAAUACUACUCUCAGAAGGCAAGCUGUGCAGCGGACAACCAAGUGACGAAGGACAGUCUGUUGGUGUGCGACUACGAGGGCCAGGGCUCCUGUGCCAGCUCAGUUGGCUGCUGCAGCCUUCUGGAGACGGACAACGACCUCCAGUUCCUCGAUGACCUGGGACCAAAGUUCAAGACCCUGGCUGAAGUGUGCAGUGGCAAGGAAAUCCAAAUUGAGCGGAAGAAAGAGAUCAACCUGCCACCCAUGCCCACCAUCAACACUGUGACCUCAGUAUCAAGUGUGAUGUCUGCCCAGCAGCAGCCCCCACAACCACCACCGCAGCCCAAAGUCACUCUCCCACCACCCGAGCGGACCGUGCUGAAGGAGUCUUUAGAGCGUACUCACAUGGUGAGGGAAAACGUGGCCACAGUGAAGGAAGUGAAGGAAGGAGCAAUCAAAGUGAGGGAAGGGAUGACAAACCAAGGCCAGACGGUUCUGCUGCAGCAGCAGCCUGUCUACUACACCACCACCCCCGUCCUGCAGCCUGUAAACUACAUCGUUCAACCACAGCUUCAGAACACGAUGCUGCUGGCUGAGACUCCGGCCACCAACCUGCAGGGCAUGAUCGUGGUUAACGGCGCCCAGACGGCGGCCGCCCCAGGCAUGGUGUUACAGGGGCAGACAGUGAUGUCCGGCACACCAGUUCAGGGCCAGAGCAUGGUGCUUGUAGAGAGAGGUGGGGCUGUGGGGCAGGGAGUACAUGUGGAGGGGCUUGGCACCAACCUGAUCCACACUGGCAACCUGUCUGGCUCCCAGGCCAUGAUGGUGGUGGAGGGCAAAGUCCCGGUGGGAUCCACACAGGUGCUGCAGGGUAGCCAGGCCCGCCUUGUGCAGGGAGGCACUCUGCAGCGAGGAAGUCUUUCAGGGUCUCAGAGUGUGCUGGUGGUCGAGGGGCCAAAAGCCAGUGGAGGGCAGCUGGUCCAGGGUGCAGGACUUCUCUCAGAGAUGAGUGGCCUCUCUGGAUCCCAGAGCGUCCUCUAUAGCAAACACUGA